UUAACGAUUGGCUUAGACGUCGCGUGUCAGGGGAAACUCUCGAAGCUGUGCUGUACGAGAACGAGGCUGCUAUAAAUCCUGUCUCUUUGGACCUCUACAUUCGUCCCCAUGCUCGCUCGGUCAGUGAUGUUGAUUAUCACAAACUCGAAUAUAACAUUCAUGAAAUGCUUAUACGUGAGGGAUUCGCUAUCCGCGCCGCAUCGCCUCAGAGUACUGACACUAGUGAUGACGUCAGUCCUCCUUCGUCGCCUAGCGACCAAGUGGUGAAAUCUGAAAGCAUUCUCAGUUCUUCAGUGACCAGCGGAUUCCAUGAUGCACCAUCACCUGUAUUUGAUGUAAACACCCAUGACGUAACCUCGCCUGGUUGUCAUGGUGAUGGCGUGGUAUGUCGUGUACCGCCGCCUCAUAUUCCAGUUGACUCUGAUGGAUCAGUGUAUAUGCUGGCCUCACAUAUCGUCAGUCCGGGAGAGUUUUAUGUGCAUUUUAUUUCGAGCGAAGCUGGCAUGCUGGAUUGUCUGAUGACAGAUAUGAAUCAGACUUAUAAAG